AUGUUCGACAUUGAUGCUGUGUUUAUGCAUCCAAUAGGCCUGUUCAUGGACAAUGCAAACGAAACAGCCAGUGGCCGUUUCCAGUGGGUGCAUAGUGGGGAAAUGAGAUGCACAAUUCAACGCAAAACCUACCUAUCCGUGCCCCCAAUUAUGUUGCACCACACUGAAUAUGUUUUGACUUUUACAGAAGCCGCAGGGAGACCGCAUAUAGUUGUUGGCUUGGGACUAGUGAAACGUCGCCCUGAGGAGUCAUCACUGGUGUAUCGACUUGGAGUGGAUUCUGUGACCAGCAAGUAUGCGGCGUCAUGUCCCACCUGGCUGCAAGCAGAUAGGCCACUUUACCUCUCAUCCGUUAACGACCGUACG